CAGCUCACAGGUGAUGAGCAAGAGGAAAGUAAGGAGGGGGGAGGAUCUGAAGAAAGAGAGGAGGGAGCUGAACUGAACCUCGACUGCGUCUCAACCAAGGAGCUCACACCAGUAAAGAAACCCUCUCUUUUUUUCUUCAUAUGUGCUCUUUCUGCUUCCUCAUCUCCGCUUAUCCUCCUCUCGAUCACUGCCCUAAAUCCUGUCUCACCCCGGGGUUCGGCGGUGUCUCGUUGAACGAGCGGAGACAGGACAGUGCGACCCUUGCGAUGAGAUGUGCAGUAAUCAAAGAGAAGGAGAUAAAAGGAUAUUGUUUCCAUGAAGGGCAGAGUGGAUGGAUGACACAAAGAGGAUUGAGCGGGCACUCGGAGGCUGUGUAUGAGCGUCAAAGUGUGUGUGUGUACAGCUGUGCGCGCAUGUGUAAGUGCCAGCUCGGCAGGGUGCCCUCUCAGUGAGAUAAAUCAGAGUAUGGAUUUGGGAAUUGGCAGCAACACUUAAAAGUGUUCUACCGUGAUGGAUCUCUGGACAAGUAAGAAGUUGUGUUGUGACGGAGGGCAUCGUGGGUAAAAAGUCAUGCAACGCCUAGCCCUGUACUGCUGCCAUCUUCUUCUGGGUGGGGCUCUGGCCCUUUUGCUGGCCCGCUCCGCCCUGGGUUGCCCUGCCCGCUGUGACUGCUCCCCACAGACUAAGUCUGUCAGCUGCCACCGCAAGCGCCUGCCCACCAUCCCUGAAGGCAUUCCUAUUGAAACCCGUGUCCUGGACUUAAGCAAGAAUAAGCUGCGGAUCAUAACCCCAGACAACUUCUCGUCUUUCCUUCACCUGGAGGAACUGAACCUUAGUGACAAUCUCAUCAGUGUGGUGGAGCCCGGUGCUUUCCGCUGGCAGACGUGUCUGCGCUCACUUACCCUCCGCAGCAACCUCCUGACACUUGUCCCCCCUGGAGUGCUCUCAGGCCUGGGGAAUCUCACCACUCUUGACCUCAGCCACAACCGCCUGGUGGUUCUGCUGGACCACGGCUUCCAGGACCUGCGUCAGCUAACCUCCCUAGAAGUGGGCGACAAUGAGCUCGUCUUUAUCUCCCAGCGUGCCUUCAAUGGUCUGCUGGGACUGCGAAGCCUGACGCUGGAGCGUUCCAACUUAACCGUGGUGCCCACUGACGCUCUCACGCACCUUCACAACCUGGUGGAGCUCCGCAUGUGCCAUCUCAGCAUUGGUGUCUUCAAACCGUACUCCUUCAAGAGGCUUGUGCGGCUACGCCACCUGGAGAUCAGCCACUGGCAAUGGUUGGAUACCAUUCCGCCUCUCACGCUGCAUGGCCUCAACCUCACCACUUUGUUCAUCACCCACACCAACCUGUCUGCCUUCCCUGGUCCCGCGCUGCGCAACCUUCCCUACCUCACACACCUCAACCUAUCAUACUGUCGCAUCCAAUACAUUCAGUAUGGGGAACUUGGCCAGCUUCCACGAUUGCAGGAGUUGUAUCUGCGGGGAGCCCAGCUGGCCUACAUCGAUCCCAUGGCCUUUCUGGGUCUCAGUGCUCUGCGGGUACUAGACAUGUCGCAAAACCAGCUGGAUUCUUUGGAGAAGAGUGUGUUGGGUUCGCCCGAAAAUCUGCGGAUGCUAAAUCUGGGGAGCAACCCGCUAGUGUGCGAUUGCCGUCUCCUGUGGUUACUGAACGAACAAAAGCCACCCUUGCUGCAGCUUGGGGGUGUCCAGCCCGAAUGCAGUGCUCCUGAGCACCUCCGAGGGAAACCCCUGAGGGAUCUUAAGGAGCCUCUCAUUUCACAAUAUGUUACCUGCACAAAGCCCAGGAUUGGGCCCAACACCACUCAGCUUCUGCUUGCUGACGAGGGGCAGCCCGUCCAUCUAACCUGCUUUUCUGAGGGGGCACCACAACCCUCUGUGGCCUGGGUAACCCCCCACAGACGUUUCGUCACUGCCAGGAACACCGGCAGAGUGAAGGUUCUGGCGGACGGAACCCUGGAAAUCAAAAUGGCGGAGCUGCACGACAGUGGCGUUUAUCUAUGCAUUGCCAGCAAUGCGGCGGGCAAUGCCACUCUGUCAGCCUCACUGGCAGUGAAAAGCCUGGGUAUCAGUGACAGGUCACUCUACACGAAUCGGAGCUCCAACUAUCUCACAGACUCCAACAGUACUUGGAGUAACGGAACUGUCUUGUAUAAUAUGACGGUUCCCAUAGACCUGAAGACCAUCAUUAUAUCUACAGCGAUGGGCUGUCUUUCUUUCUUGGGUGUGGUCAUCUUCUGCUUCCUGCUCCUGUUUGCCUGGAGCCGUGGUAAAGGUCGGCACAAGAGCAACUUUGACAUUGAGUAUGUUCCCCGCAAAUCAAACGGAGCAGCUGCUGAAGCGACCGAAACGAGUGGACCAAGGAGGGUAAACAUGAAAAUGAUUUGACUUCACAUCACAGGGUCAAUUCAUAUGGCAGUGAUAGAAGAUCCCAGUGCACAUAUCAAUAUAAUUAAUUUCCCAGUAUGACACAGUGGAUUUGUGAAACUGAAAGUGAUGUACCGAUAUAGUGGAUAAUGGUGGUGGUGUUGACACAGUGGACAUGUGAAUAUAACGUGAUCUAUGAUACUGUGGAUGUGUUUAUAUAAAUGAUGUUAUCAUACAAACUGGAUAUAGUACUAUAACCAACUGACAUAUCAAUAUGAGAAUGCUAUGCGGGGCAUGUGUUACAGUUGAUGAUGUUAAGUGAUUAUGCUGCUGACUUACCUUCGCAUCAAGGUGAGGCAGGAGGUCUCGGGAAGUGACAGGUAGAAGCUAAGGUGACAGUGGAGCAAUCGUCACUACGCCAUGCCAGAACUCAGUUGUGUCGAAUAACCAUCUGAGCAGCAGAAUGGAAUGUGUGUGUGUGUGUUGCCUUUAUUGUAGGAAAGGGCAAUCAUAAAGGAUAAUAGGGACUAGUCAUUUUACAGGUCUUUGUAUUUGUUGAAGUCAUUGUAACAACAGUGUUGUCUGUUGAGUAAAAUGGAGUAUUAUAUAUGUUUGUAAGAAAGUUCAAAUCUCUUAUAACAGUGUUGAAGAGACCUUCUGUAUAACUAUUCUCUCCCCCAACUAAGUUAUCACUACCCUUUGAAUGAUCCUAAGAUUAGGUAAGUAGUGACUCUUAGCCAACUCAAGGAACGUUUACAUAGUGAAGGUAAGAACACCAGAAAGCAAGGUUUCUCAGAAACACAAGGCUAUCCUCUUGCUGAAGAAACAGUCGCAUCCAAAAUAUUGGCAUUACUUUGGAAAAGCUUGAGACUAUAAAGGAUUUAUGUUAAACCCAUUUUUGAUGACAUUAUCAAUCAUGGGCAGAUUUUCCUGCCAGAAAAUCCCUUGAUGUAACAUAAAAUUAUUUUGUCAGUGGCUAGACACAAUGGUAAAGAUUUACUUGCCAAUGUCCUCUUCGGACCAAGAUAAAUAUAAGCUUAUGUGUUGAGUUAUGUGUAGGCUUUCUCCCCUCUGUCAUUUUUCUUUGAACCCAGCAUCUCAAGCUGGUAUGUCCAGAUGCUCACCCAAGACACCAAGGGAUUCUGGGUAUUUAAAGCGAUGCAUUGGAACAUUAUGUUGAAUACUUUUCAUUGUUAAAGAAAAAAAAUUAAGGGAUCAAAUGAAUUCAAUUAUUUGUAGUGCAGGGAAGUGGAUGUCAACAUGUGUGAUAAAGUUGUGAUACAAAAUUACAGGUUG